AUGAAAGAGCUGUUAGAGAAAAGCUUGGAUCCACAGCUAUGGCACGCCUGCGCAGGGAGCAUGGUUCAAAUCCCACCUCUCAACUCGAAAGUCUUCUACUUCCCACAAGGCCACGCGGAGCACUGCCAGUCCCCUGUCGAUUUCCCCUUCUCCUCCCCUGCCUCAAAAAUCCCGGCCUCAAUCCUCUGCCGCGUCGCCGCCGUGAGGUUCCUUGCCGACCGGGAAACCGACGAGGUGUACACCAAGAUGAGCCUCGUCCCUCUCCCACCAGACGACGAGCUCGAUUUCGGCGAAGAAAUUGGGCUCGGCGGCAGCAACACCAAUAAAAUCCAAGAGAAUCCGGCUUCCUUCGCCAAAACCCUGACCCAAUCGGACGCCAACAACGGCGGGGGAUUCUCCGUGCCGCGAUACUGCGCCGAGACGAUUUUUCCCAGGCUGGAUUACACGGCGGAUCCUCCCGUCCAGACGGUGUUGGCUAAAGACGUCCACGGCGAGGUUUGGAAGUUCAGGCACAUCUACAGGGGAACUCCGAGGAGGCAUCUGUUGACUACAGGGUGGAGCACGUUCGUCAACCAGAAGAAAUUGGUCGCCGGAGAUUCAAUCGUGUUUCUCAGGGCGGAGAACGGCGAUCUCUGCGUCGGUAUCCGCCGCGCCAAGCGAGGGUUUGGUGGCGGACCUGCAGGGUCUUCUUUCCCCCAAUCUGGUUGGGGCAUUAACACAAACACCUACGGGGCACCUGGGAUAGCGAGCCCGUACAACAACUUUUCUCUGUUUCUGAAGGAGGAUGAGAGCAAGGCCAUGAGAAACGGAGGGAAGGGAUCGGCGGCGGCGACGAAGGUGAAACCGGAGGAGGUUUUGGAGGCGGCGAGAUUGGCUGCCAGUGGGCGGCCGUUUGAUGUGUACUAUUACCCGCGAGCUAGUACUCCGGAGUUCUGUGUCAAGGCUUCUGCUGCUAGAGCUGCAAUGAGGAUCAAUUGGUCACCUGGGAUGAGGUUCAAGAUGCCGUUCGAGACUGAGGAUUCCUCCAGGAUUAGCUGGUUCAUGGCUACUGUAGCUUCUGUUCAGGUUGCUGAUCCCAUUCGCUGGCCGAAUUCGCCAUGGCGCCUCCUGCAGGUGACUUGGGACGAGCCAGAGAUGCUGCAAAAUGUGAAGCGUGUCAGCCCGUGGCUGGUCGAACCUGUUAUGAACGUACCGAUGAUCCAGCCCUCGGGUUUCUCAUCACCACCAAGGAAGAAGUUCUGUUUCCCAACUGGACCGCUCGAUGGUCGAUUCCAAUUGCCUUCGUUUUCGGGCAACAACAACAACAACCCCCUCUCGUCCAGCAGCAACCCAUUGUAUUACAGUGCGCCUGCAGGCAUCCAGGGAGCCAGGCAUGCUCAUAUCGGGGUAUCUUUAUCCGAUCUCCACCACCUUAAUCACAACAAACUCCCCCACCCACCACCAUCCGGCGGGCCAUUCCUUCGCGUUCUCAAGCAGUUCAAUCCACCACCAUCAAAUCAUUCUAGAUUCUCGGGAAGCGACAACGAGAGCAGCAUUUCCUGCUUGCUAACUAUUGGAAACGGCAACUCCUCUAGCUCUUCUCCAAGCCCCGAAAAGCCCUCGUCUUCUACUUCAUCCUCUCAAGAGAAGAAGAAGAAGAAGCAGUUCUUCCUCUUUGGUCAGCCGAUACUCACCGAGCAGCAAAUCUCCCACCAUCGUUCUAGCGAAUCCAUCUCGAGGAAUUCGCGGGAUGAGAAGCAAAUCUCAUCGUCGGAGGAGGAGGAGGAGGAGAAAUCCUCCAGUGCUGGCUGCGGGCAUUCAUCGCGAAACCAGAGUUGUUUAUCAGAUGGUGGGGCCCAAAAUUGCAAGGUGUUCAUAGAAUCAGAGAAUGACAAUGUUGCAAGGAAAAGGAUGAUUCGGAGCGCUGAGAGUGGAUUGGAGGCCUCAAACAAGAGAGGGACCUUGAGUAUAUCCGCGUAGAAGCAGCAGCAGCAGAGGAAUAAGAAUCCAAUCCUUCGUGUUUUGAAUUACAUUUUGACUAUAAUUUCCUAUGUGUUUGGAACAUGUUCUUGUGUCUUGUUGACUUUGUUAUAGCAGAAAGCUGCUGUAAUGUACUGGAACUGGGUUUUUUUCUUCAGAAAAAAGACUAUUUUACUGGAUAUUGAUUGAACAAGUCCACUGCAAUCCAAUAAAAAAAAUGAACAUAUAUC